ACGUCCUGACAAAGCGACGGAUGCUUUUUUUUUUUACGAGAGGGAAGGUGUGGGAGUGAAUUAUAAGUAAGCUUUAAUCAACAGUUUUAACUUUGCGAGUGAUAAAAAUGAACAAUCGGUUACAGGAAAUCAGAGAGAGGCAGAAAAUACGACGGCAGCUUUUAGCACAGCAGCUAGGAGCUGAAAGUGCUGACAGCAUUGGAGCAGUUCUGAACAGCAAGGAGGAACAGAAAGAGAUUGAAGAAACAAGGGAGACAAGUAGGGCUUCGUAUGACACAUCUGCACCGGCUGCCAAACGUAAGUGCCAGAAUGAGGGAGAGGUCACGGAGGAAGAGGUUGAAGAACCAAAGGAUGAAGUAGAGCCACAGCAACCCCAUGAGAACCUGCAAUAUGAAGAGGAGGUGUAUAAACAUUCAAGUACUUUUCUAAAGGGAACCCAAAGCCUGAAUCCACACAAUGAUUAUUGCCAACAUUUUGUGGAUACUGGCCAUAGGCCACAGAACUUUAUCCGUGACGUGGGUCUUGCUGAUAGGUUUGAGGAAUACCCAAAACUCAGGGAGCUGAUAAGGUUGAAGGAUGACUUGAUUGCGACAACAAACACCCCUCCUGUGUACUUGCAAGCAGAUAUGGAGACCUUUGAUUUGCGUGAACUGAAAUGCAAGUUUGAUGUGCUUCUUAUUGAGCCACCUUUGGAAGAAUAUUACAGAGAGUCUGGUAUUGUAGCCAAUGAGAAGAUCUGGGCGUGGGAUGAUAUGAUGAAGCUGGAAAUUGAAGAAAUUGCAGCACCAAGGUCAUUUGUCUUUUUGUGGUGUGGAUCGGGGGAAGGACUAGACCAGGGCAGAGUGUGCUUACGAAAAUGGGGUUUUAGAAGAUGUGAAGACAUUUGUUGGAUCAAAACAAACAAAAAUAACCCUGGAAAGACAAAAACCUUGGACCCCAAGGCUGUCUUCCAGAGAACAAAGGAGCACUGCUUGAUGGGAAUCCGUGGCACUGUGAGACGAAGCACUGAUGGAGAUUUCAUCCAUGCUAAUGUAGACAUUGACCUGAUCAUUACAGAAGAGCCUGAGAUUGGCAACAUAGAAAAACCUGUGGAGAUCUUUCACAUCAUUGAGCACUUCUGUCUAGGACGAAGACGGCUGCAUCUCUUUGGCAGGGAUAGUACAAUUAGACCAGGAUGGCUGACUGUGGGCCCAACUCUCACCAACAGCAACUUCCAUGCAGAAGCAUAUGCCUCCUACUUCAAUGUGCCCAACUCGACAAUGACGGGCUGCACAGAGGAGAUAGAACGGCUGCGUCCCAAGUCACCCCCUCCCAAAUCAAAGUCUGAGCGAGGGGGCGGGGCCCCGAGAGGUGGAGGAAGGGGUGGCACUUCAGCAGGACGUGGAGACAGGGGCAGGGAGCGGAACAGAUCCUUUCGGGGUGACAGAGGGGGUUUCAGGGGGCGUGGAGGGCCUCACAGGGGAGGAUUCCCACCACGAUGAUAAGAUGCCAUUAAAUCGAAGCAAAAAUAGUGGAGAAGACAGAAGACUCAUUAGCUUUUAUGCAGCAUUUGCCAAGGGAGAAAAAACGCAAAUGAAAAACUGCAUUCCACUCUUUUUGUUAUCUACUGAGAUCUUAAUGGUUAAUCCUAGUACUGUAUGCAAGAACUGUGGCCAGAUAGAUGGAGCCUUUUUAUAAUAAAUAUCUUCGUGAUGGGAAGGUUAUAUUUUAGUUUUUGAGCAAAUAAUUGAAGCAGAGUAUAAAUACACAUGUUCAUGCUCUUGCUUUAUCCAAGGCAUUCUCUCACUAAAAAACAUUUAAAACAGAAUUCCUUGCAAGCCAAAUACAGUAACUACUACAAGUAAUUCAAUGAACAUUUAUUUGAGAACCUUUGCUACCCAAUAGUAAAUAACUUCUGAGUCCUUUUUAUGUGUGUUUUUUUUUCUUUAACUGCAUUAUUCAAAGAAACCGUUAAAAGGCUAUUGAUAUGCAAAGUAGAAUGCAAUUUUUCUUUUAGUAGCCAGUGUUUAAGAUGCAGUAGAAUUCCGGGAUAAUGCCAUGUUUAUUUUACUUUUAAAUAGUGUUUUUGCAAACAAGAUGUAUCUGAGCUUCUAAUAUCCUUUUUUUAAACAAUGUUUAGCAUUAUUUUUAUUUAAGUAUUCACUGUGGAACCCAAAUAAUGAAUAUAGUGGUUUAAACAAGUGCAGCUACCACUUCCAUAAUGUCAUCUAAGAAGAUUAAAUACUGUAAUUUAGAAAAAUACUAUUGUAUUACCAUCACAUUUAGCAGUCAGCAAGUCUUUGUGGUGGUGGUCUACAUCCACACAUUUUCAAAUGUACAGGUACUCGUACAGUGUUUUGUUAGCAUUUUUAAUAAAAUAAAAUACAGUUCCUCCCAUCUAAA